GAAUAGAUGCAGUUAGGUGCAUAGGAAUGGAGGACUUUGAAAUUCAUGAGAAGUUAUUCUUUCUUUCUUUUAUUAUGAUUAAUAUUUGUAUAGCUCCAUCAUUCUCCGCAGCACUUUACAGGUUAAAGAGAUGCAAAUACAAGACCAAACAAUUUACAUAUAAAGACAAACCCCUUGCAUAUCAUCAGCAUGCAGAUAUUUAAAGCCAACUGAGAUCUUCCAAAGACAGGCUAUAUAAGGAGAAUAACAACAGAUCAAGUAUAGAAUCUUGUGGCGCCCCACAUUACAUGGUACUGGUGAUAAGGUUCUAUUAGAAUAUGAUAUAAAAAGCAUCUUAAUCUUUCUAUGCGUGUUUUUCACAAAUUCACUGCAGGCUAUUCUGGAUGCAAAUGAUCAGACUGCAUUGUAUUAUCAGCUUGCAGGAUCCUUAGUGUUUACCUGCCUUACUAAAAAUGCAGAAUACUCCCCAUUUACACACAGCUAGUCAGUGUGAAACAGAAGAACCACAGAGGUUACUAGUUAGAAGCAGAUCCCAUCUUAACCACAGGACAAGUACCAAGACUGAUGGUACAUGCCAAGAUGCUUGUAGCUGUUCCUGUGGCUCUUCUGUUCUUAAGCUUGCUGCCGCAAUGUAUGGGACAAUGCGAGGAAGCAGCCAAAAUGGCAGAAAUGGAUUUGAAUUUAAAGCUCAACCUCCAGAAUUUCACUACCGAUACACCAAUACAAAAUAUUAUCAUGUUUAAGGGCUACGUAUAUGUGGGAGCAGUCAAUAAGAUUUAUGUUUUGAAUGAAAACCUUACAAAGAUUUCUGAGUAUAAAACAGGCCCAUUGUUGAAGCACUCUGAUUGUUUGCCAUGUAAAAACUGCACAGAUAAUCUUCUGUCACCAAAUGGCACCUGGAAAGACAGUGUUAACAUGGCUCUGUUUGUGGAGGAUUUCUAUGAUGACCAGUUAAUUAGCUGUGGAAAUAUACGUAAAGGUGAAUGUCAGCGUCAUACUUUGCACUCUGAUAAACCCUGGGAUAUUGCCAGUGAUGUUCAUUGCUUAUAUUCAUCACAAAUGGUAGAAGAUAAAGACAGUUGUCCUGACUGCAUUGUUAGCACAGCAGGAAGCAAGAUCCUGGUAACAGUGGGAGACAGGUUUGUAAAGUUUUUCGUAGGUAGCACUCUAACAGGCCAACCAUCGACCAUUCAUUCCGUGUCAGUUCGUAGACUGAAAGAGACCCAGGAUGGCUUUGAGUAUCUCACGGAUCAGUCGUACAUAGAUGUACUUCCCCAUCUCAGAGAUAUAUAUCCGAUUCGAUAUAUUUAUACAUUUGAAAGCAACAAUUUUGUUUACUUUUUAACUGUGCAGCGAGAGUCCCUUGACUCUCAAGCCUAUCAUACUCGAAUUGUAAGGAUCUGUUCUUCAGACUCUGAGUUGCGCUCCUACAUUGAGAUGCCCCUGGAAUGUAUUUUUACUGAAAAACGAAGAAAAAGGUCUACCGCCAGUGCAGUUUUCAAUAUUGUACAAGCAGCAUACUUAGGCAGAGCAGGUGAAGAUUUGGCAGAGGAGAUGGGUGUCAAACCAGAUGAUGAUAUCCUUUAUGGUGUCUUCGCCCAAAGCAAACCAGACUCUCCUGAGGCAAACAACAGGUCAGCUGUCUGUGCUGUCUCUGUAAAAACCAUCAAUGAGUUCUUCAACAGUGCGGCAGACAAGCAAAACACAAAGUGCCUUGAGCACUUCUAUGGAAAAGACAACAGAUUAUGCAUUAACAACAAGAGAUUUCUAAGAAAUGCUUCACAUUGUUCAACACCGAUUGACGAAUAUCGAGUAGAAGUCACCACUGUAUUACGACGCCUUGACUUGUUUAUGGAUCAAUUUCGUAAUGUGUUGCUAACAUCAAUCUCAGUCUUUACCCAAGGACGUCUCACCAUUGCCAAUUUGGGGACAUCUGAGGGGCGCUUCAUGCAGGUUAUUAUCUCACGGACUGGUCAGCCAAAGCCCCAUGUUAAUUUUCUCCUUGAAGCAAGACCAAUUUCUCCAGAAAUUGUCAUUAAUACAGCAUCUGAGGAAAGUGGAUACACUUUGGUUAACACAGGAAUGCAAAUAAUAAAAGUACCACUGGUGGUCCUUACUUGUGGACAUCUGAAAUCAUGCAGCCAUUGCCUUUCAUCUCCCUCUGUGAAUUGUGGUUGGUGCAAGAAUCGCUGUAGCACAAAACAGGAGUGUUUAAAUGAAGAAUGGAUUCAAGAAACCUGUCCUCCUGCAGUUUAUGAGGUUUUCCCCUCUUCAGCUCCAUUAGAGGGUGGCACACAGCUAACCAUAUGUGGAUCGGAUUUUGUCCUGAGCAAAAAUAAUAAUUUUGAUUUGAAAAACACUGUGGUAAUAAUUGGCAAAAAGCGUUGCAAGAUAGAAGGGAAAUUCAGUAACCAAAACAAGUUGGUGUGUAGAACUGACUCCUCGGUCAGCAGUGUGUUUAACAUGAGCAGCAGUGUCUCCAAUGGAAAGCAGGUGGUCAACUUCACAACUUUUUCCUAUGUGAACCCCAUUAUAACAAGCAUCAGGCCAUCUUAUGGCCCAAGAGCAGGAAGAACUUUGCUCACCAUAAAGGGGCAUUACUUGGACAGUGGGAAAGAUCGAAAGGUUUAUAUUGGCAAAGAAAUGUGUAACAUUAAAAGUGUAUCCAGUGCAGCUAUAGUGUGUCUCACACCUGGGCAGAGUACCACAGGAACAUAUUUGGUUGCCCUGAAGAUUGACAAUGCUAAUCGGGAAUCAAGCACCAGAUUUACUUACAUGGAGGAUCCUAGUGUUUCUACUAUCAAGCCAGUGAAAUCUUUCCUUAGUGGAGGAAGCUCCAUUACCGCCUAUGGAAAAAACCUAAAUGCAGUUGCUUCACCUCUAAUGGUAAUUCAUUUGUCCAAACUGGAAGUAAGCUACAACAUGUCCUGUAUCCACAGAUCUACUUCAGAGUUAAUUUGCUGUUCAACUCCCUCCCUUAAAGAGUUGAAUCUGGAGCCACCAAUUACCACUCGGGUUUUUUUCAUUCUAGAUGGCGUCAUAUCUAAUAACUUUGAAUUAAGUUAUGUGAAUAAUCCUAUCUUUGAGACUUUUGAAAAACCUGUUGUUUUUCCAAUCGGAAAUAAGAAUAUCCUAGAAAUUAAGGGAGAUCAUAUUGAUUCUGAAGCAGUUAGAGGUGAAGUUCUGAAAGUUGGCAAUAAGAGCUGUGAAAUUGUUCAAUCGAAAUCAGAUUCUGUGUCCUGCUCAGUUCCCACGGACCUGUUUAAAUCCAACAGUGAGUUAAAGAUAGAGUUCGUGCAAGAAGUCUCCUCCAUAAUUAUUGGAAAAGUGAUGGUUACACAGGAUCAGAAUUUCACAGGAAUAAUCACCGGGGUUGUUUCUUGUGUAGUUUUGCUUUUAUUAAUGUUUGGAAUUCUAAUAUGGAUGAAAAAGCGAAAGCAACUAAAAGAUCUAGGUGGAGAUAUGGUUCUGUAUGAUGGGAGAGUGCAUACUCCACACUUGGAUAGACUUGUGAGUGCCAGAAGCAUUAGUCCUACCACUGAAAUGGUGUCAAGUGAAUCUGUUGACUACAGAUCAACAGUACAAGAAGAUCCAUUUCCUAAUUCAUCUCAGAACGGGUCAUGCCGCCCAGCACAGUAUGCUCAUCGGGACCUCUCCCCAAUUUUGUCAAGUGGAGAUUCAGAUAUUGCCAGCCCACUCUUACAUUCAUAUGUCCAUAUCGAUAUAAGUGCCUUGAGUACAGAUCUUAUGAAAGAAAUAGAACACAUGGUAAUUCGGGUCGACAGACUAAUAGUGCACUUUAACAGAGUCAUUGGAAGAGGGCAUUUUGGCUGUGUCUAUCAUGGUACUCUUCAUGAUACUGAUGGGAAGAACAUUCACUGUGCUGUUAAAUCUCUUAACAGAAUUACAGAUAUUGAGGAAGUGUCACAGUUCCUGAAAGAAGGCAUCAUAAUGAAGGAUUUCAGCCAUCCCAAUGUGCUCUCCCUGCUGGGCAUCUGUCUACCUACUGAGGGCUCUCCUUUGGUAGUGUUGCCAUUUAUGAAACAUGGAGAUCUGAGGAACUUCAUUCGAAAUGAAACUCAUAACCCAACAGUAAAAGAUCUCAUAGGAUUUGGACUACAAGUUGCUAAAGGUAUGGAGUAUCUUGCAAGCAAGAAGUUUGUCCACAGAGAUCUGGCUGCAAGAAACUGUAUGCUUGACGAGAACUUUACAGUGAAGGUGGCUGACUUUGGCCUUGCUAGAGAUGUUUAUGACAAGGAGUACUACAGUGUCCACAAUAAAACAGGAGCAAAACUGCCGGUGAAAUGGAUGGCAUUGGAAAGCCUGCAAACACAAAAAUUCACUACAAAAUCUGAUGUGUGGUCAUUUGGAAUCUUGCUGUGGGAACUUAUGACAAGAGGAGCCCCUCCUUAUCCUGAUGUCAAUUCUUUUGAUAUAACCAUUUAUUUGCUUCAAGGACGACGACUUUUACAGCCUGAAUACUGCCCAGAUCCGCUAUUUGAAGUCAUGUUGAAAUGCUGGCAUCCAAGACCAGAACUACGUCCAACUUUUUCUGAACUGGUCUCAAGAAUUUCUUCGAUAUUUUCAACGUUCUUAGGGGAACACUAUGUACUUUUUAAUGCAACCUACGUGAACAUAAAAUGCGCUGCUCCCUACCCUUCCCUUCUGUCUCCCGAAGGCAACAUUGAAUUCAGUAUAGACACGUGACCUGCAAGAUAACUGUGACUGAAAUAUUAGUCUUUUAUCCGUGUAGGAGAAAAUGUAUUGCUCCGUACCUCUUCGGUGUGUUUUAUGGCAGUGCUGUUGGACACGUUUUCUGUUUCUCUUUCUUUGCACUAUAAGAUUUUCAUACAGUUUGCUUCAAUGAAGAUGGUACACAGUAAUUAUUACCACAUUUUGUUAAAGAUGAAGAUAACAGGAAAUUCUGCUGUGGAUUUUCGCUAGUCAUAUGUUUAACCUAUUGAAUGAUUUGAUGGAAGAAAUAGCAGCCUCUUUUAUGUUACUAUGAUAUUUCUUCCCCAGUUAAUGUGAGGUCUUAACCUGCUGAGUUCAAUUUUGUAUUGCACUUUUUUGUCAAAUGAUGGUUUAUGUUCUAAAUCUGUACAUUAUUCUAAUAUAACAUCUAACUUUCAAAUAUUCAGGUUAAAUAUUCAGCUUAGUUCUGGGUUAGCCAGUAGGUUAUUAUACACUGGUAGUGUGUUCUCGUAUUAUUAUGGACAUACACAUUUUUACUAUCAUUCCCUUAAACUAUUCAGCAACAUACAAAUCUGCACUUGAUAUCAAGUUCAGUCAAUCAUUUCAUGUCAGACUAUAUUUUUUUAUCAUUCUCAUUUUGACUGAUGAAAGUAAUGGGACUGUUUGGUCCAAUGGUGAUAGGAUAGGUUGGUCAAUGCAGCUGUGGGGUUACACAUGUUGUAUGGUACAGCAUAAAGUUGUAGUGCCUGGGAAUAUUUUGGGUCUACCAGAUGGAUGUCAUGUGCACAGACACAAAGGCAUUUUAUAGUCUGCUGCCAUGUAAAAACAGCCCUUUCUAUACUUACAGGUAUGAUUUAAAAAGCUUAAUUUACAAUAUUGAUAACACUGCUGUUUUCCAGUCUAUACUUAAAUGAUUAAAAUGAAGCUGGUCACACACAACUAGACUGCCUAAUGAUGCCUGUUUGGCCAUAGAGAUGGAGGGUUGUAUUGGAGGUUCACAGAACUAGAUCAGAGAGGAGCCCAACAAGUUCAGGAUUAAACACAGAUCAGGUCAAUGCAAUCACUGUAUGAUUCACUGUUGUAAUCUGCAGAAUUAAACAAAUUUUCUGAUCUGAUUGAAAUGGGUUUUGGCCAGCUGUAUGCCAUCCAGUAACUACCUCAUAGUGAUUUAAUGCUGUUGUGUGAGCCACAACCAGCUAAAUGCUUAUGUGGCUUAUCUGUCUUAAAGGAGAAUUAAUGACGUCUUCUGGGGAGGAGUCAGAGAGGGGGGGCCAGUAGGGGGGUUUAGUUCUUCUUUAAGGGUGGCUGUAACUUCCCGUCAACUGAACAGUUUAACAGGUAUGGGACACUGAGCCAGCUUUGAUUGUUUGAUCUGAUGAUAGAACGUGUUCUUUGCCCAGUGGGUGCAGUUAUAUUAUAUUUAGGGGGUUAUUUAUUAAAGGUCGAGUUUGUGAGGUUUUUUUCUACCUCGAAUAAACUCACAAUUUAAACAAACUCCAAUGUUUGAUUAUUUUUUAAAAAAUCUGAAUGUAAAAAAUUUAAUUUAAUGAUAUUGGUGAAAAACUUAAAUCCCUCAAAUUUAUCAUGUUUAUAGGCUAAAAACCUUGAAUACCUCGAGUUUUCAAGCGCAAACCAGUGUAAAACAAUGUAAAUCAUUAAGGUCAAAAAACAUCUUUAAAUGGUUAAAGGGACCUCUGCCUUGACUUUUACAUGAAUUUGACAUUUUUGGAUUUUUAGCAGCUUCGGGGAAUAAUAUAUGAAAAUCAAAUUAUUUAGUAAAACUACCCUAGAAAAACUAGAAUUUUUUUGAGAAAAUACAACUCGGCCUUUAAUAAACUUAAUGUAAGUCACAUUAGUUUAAUACUGUAUUUGCCUGUGUUCCAGACAUGUAUUGUUAAUGUCUAAUCAUCUCUAAAAGAAGGGUUUAUUUCUACUUCUAAAUCAUGCAUUGUCUUCAUCGUUAGGCCACUUACAAGAGACUAUACACUACUUUAGAACUGCCCUGUUGCACAUUAUUGUUAGUAAUGCAGUCUUGUCAUGUUUGCAGUAAGAAAAAUUUACUUUUUCACAUUCCAUUUCUUUCCUAAGGCUGGGAAGAGGCAUUGGAUACUUGUUUUAUCUCAUGUUCACCCAUUAAAUGCAUGCAGCUUGGAUAUGGCCUCUAGGUCCUAAUUGCAGUAUUGACUGCAAAUCAGACAUGUGUAAAGCUUGAGUAUGUAUGUGCUCAGCAUUACUGAAACCAUGCAGAAGGUAACAUUAGCCUGAGCAGAGAGGGGACAGCCUACUGCUUCUGCCUGAUAAGUCUGUGGGACUGCUGCUGAGGCCUGUACAUGGUUACAAUCAUUGUUCCUUUAUGUAAAACAACUUAUUUGGCCUUAUUCAUGAGAGCAUUUCCAUGAUUUCUCUGUUGUAGUGUAUUUAGGAUUCUGGUACUGUAGAUCUAUUGAGUUUGCUAUAAAGAAAAUACAGCAUGUCUUAAAAAUAUGGAAGUCUUUUUUACAAGCUGUUCAAUGGAAGGUACCCGAGUAGAGGAGUUGGAAAGCACGGUCCAUUCUAGCAUCAAUGUGAAUACUAGCAAAUCCAUUAUGUUUGCUGUGUGAGUCAAACCAGUGACUAGAGUUAUAAUGUUCGUUCCUGUGGAAUCUUUUGCUUAAUGCUGUACAGUUUGUCGGUGUCGGAUGUAACUGGAUUUGUUUAUUUCUUGUAUGUAUCACUUAAAGUUUUAUAUUUUUAUAAAUAAAUGUUUAUUUUUAAUGCUGUAUACAAGGUUACUCUAAUAAUCAGGAACCGUUCAAAGAUGGAAAGAGUGAAAAUGUUUGUGUCAUUUUGAUUUCACCAGUAUGAUUAAAGUUUUAGGAAACGUUAAAAAUGUUGUUUUUUUUAUUUAAAUCAAAUCAGUGAGAAGCAUAGUAGGGAGCUAAACAUACACAUUUUCCCAUCUUGAUAUGGGAUCUUGUUGGACAUCUGGGCAAAUCAUGAAGAUUUAUCAUUAAAAUGUGAAUCAUUUAUGGUAGUCUUCAUAAUGUAAUUAAUGUAUGUAAGCCCUAAUUUUUAUAGGGCAAAUAGAAAUGUUUUGUUUAUUUUAAAACACAGCAAGCACAAUCUAAAGCUUUUAGUACUUAUAUAAAAUUAUAGCUCUUCACAUUUCUAAAAAGCAUUAUUUAGAUACAGUGAAUCACACAAAUACAAAUACAAUCCUGUGAUAAUAUAUAUAUAGUGGAGUGUUUCUUAUAGCAUGUGUGUACACCUAUGUUGAACAUCAAUGGUUAGAUAUUUUUAAUAGAUGCUGGGCAUUUCUCUGCACUAAACCACAUGCUUCUAUUGUAUUAAGUGAUAACCACAAAUUAUUCCUGUGUAUAUAAUAAUAAUGUUUUUAUUGAUAGUGGCUAUUCUUGGCAUGCCUUAAUAAAUUCAUAUUAUUAUUUAA